CGAGGAGAAGCCGAUUCGUUUUUUGAUUGGCCCAUCGCCCCCGCCGCAUUGACAGACUCCGUCCCUUCUGUUCAUCAAGUUCGGUUGAGUUGUUUGAGAGUUCAUGUCAGACUUAAAGAAGCGUGAAAAACUCGCGCCUUCACACAUUAUGAGCGAUCAACAGCAGAAUCAAAUGGCCGCGCUGGUGGAGAACGACACGAGCUUCAUUCAGAAGAGAAACUCCAGCACGCCUCAAAUGCAGAUUGACAACCCUUAUCAAAACUACAUGGUAUAUCAGCUGGACUCGCAGCAGCCUUCACCUUUAGCGCUGUUGGCAGCCACCUGCAGUCGGAUUGAUGAAAACGACACUGUGGAACAACAAUCACGGCAAAGCCAGGCACAGGACUCCCAGAUCAGCCUCCAGCAACUGUCACAUGCCACCAACGGCUGGCACAUAAUCCCCGCAAGCUCUCAGGCUGUCACCAGCUCCAGUAGCGUAACCUCUUCCUCGGAGGACAAGAGCAGACAGACGGGGUCUGUGGUGCAACCGCAGUAUGUGAUGGCAUCCUCGCAAAACCUACAAAGUCAACAGGUGCUAACUGCCCUCUCUGGUGUGAUGCCAAAUAUCCAGUAUCAGGUGAUCCCACAGUUUCAGACUGUAGAUGGACAGCAGCUCCAGUUUACUCAGACAGCUCAGGAUGUGUCAACCACAGCAUCUGGGCAGUUUCAGCUUGUGUCCUCACCCAACGGUAACCAGCAGCUCAUCGCUGCCCCCGCCAACAGAGGUGCUGGUAACAUCUUAACCGUCCCUGGCCUUUUUCAGCAAGCAAUACCUCUGCAGAACAUCAGUCUGGGCGGUACUGUGCUGCCCAGUCAGACGCAGUUCCUUACCAACAUGCCUGUACCACUGAAUGCUAACAUCACCCUUCUCCCGGUGGGUUCUGGUACGCCUGUUGGAUCUGGAACCGACGCAAAUGCUGGAGGAAAUUUAGGAACUUCUCAACAGCUGCUCCAGUGCACGUCGUCUACAACUCCAGUGGAGUAUUGCACUACUUCUACCACCAGCACACGGACGGCUACAUCAGGCAUCGUAACACUAACCCAGAGUAGCAAAGGAGAGACGGGAAAGCCCUUCCAGAACAUGUCAUCUGAUAACAGAGACGGACAGAAACCGUGUCAAGCGCAGAUUCUCAUUCAGCCACAGCAGGUCCUGCAGACCGUUCAGCCCGGCUCAGUCUCGGCCGGUGGUCAGGUGUUCGCAACACAGACUUUGUCUCAGGAUGGAGUGCAGAAUGUUCAGAUCCAGACCAUCGCGAACGGAAGCCCCAUCCUGAUCCGUACCGUAGGUCCGAACGGCCAGGUCAGCUGGCAGACCCUUCAGUUGCAGAGCCCCGCUAACACUCAGAUCACAUUGGCACAGGCCGGGACACCAGGAACCAUGCAGCUCUCUGGCCUUCAGACCAUCAACCUGAACACGCUUGGCAACGCAGGGCUGCAGAUGCAUCAGCUGCAGGGUGUUCCCAUCACCCUCGCCAACACAACCGGUGAUGUGAGUGGUGCGGGUGGAGACGGUCUGGAGGACAGUAGCGUGAUGGAUGAGAACGUGGAGAGCAGCCCGACACCCACCAGCAGACGUACGCGCAGGGAAGCCUGUACCUGCCCGUACUGCAAAGACGGAGAGGGACGCAAUGACCCCAAUAAGAAGAAACAACACAUCUGUCAUAUUCCUGGAUGUAACAAGGUAUAUGGGAAAACGUCUCAUCUCCGGGCACACUUACGCUGGCACACAGGAGAGAGACCCUUUGUUUGCUCCUGGUCCUUCUGCGGGAAACGUUUCACACGCUCUGAUGAGCUGCAGAGACACAAGAGGACACACACGGGUGAAAAGAAGUUCUCGUGCCCAGAGUGUCCCAAACGGUUCAUGCGUAGUGACCACUUGUCCAAGCACAUCAAGACCCAUAUGAAUAAGAAAGGAUCUACCGGUGCAGUGAGCAGCGCGGACAACACCAUCACCACUGCGACCGCCGCUGACAGCUGUGCUGCAGGUGACGUGACGGCUGACCAGCAGACUCUAGUUACCAUGGGCACGCUGUCGUCCGAAGGGUUUACGCGGUUAGAGUCCAGCGGCAUCAGUGUCAUGCAAGUCACAGAUCUGCACUCCAUCAAUCUGAAUAGCAAUGGCUAUUAAUGCACUUUGAGUGGAGUGAGCGUUUUGAGAGAUCUGAACUGGGAAGAAUGAAUGCACUGCAGUUUGUAGGCAUUAAAACGGCGGCUCGGGCACGGAGCCUCCAGCGAGCAACAGCCAUGAAAAGUGGUUUCACAGGGGAUAGAAAGAGGUGUGAUGGUGCACCUUGAAGGUGCUUGUUUACCUCGUCCUCUUUGAGACUCCAGCCUUUUUUGCAUCCCUUCCAUGUAUAUUCUGUAUCCAAGUUGUUUCAGCUUUCUUUUCUCCUCUUUUACCGAUUCCCUGAACUGAAAUUGUGGUGUGGUUCACCUAAGCAUCACUCAGUGGUCCACUUGACGUCAUGAAAUGAGGAUAUAUUGGGUUACAACAGAACAACACAAACAGAAAGAUUAAAAAAAAACUGCGUGAAAGUGAUAUCAUAGUCAUAUUUUUAAUCUUUAAUACUUUACUCAUAAGCCAUCAUGCUUCUGUGUAUUAAUCACCGUAAAUAAGAUGAAACAAAAAGAUUUGAUGCUUUUUGUACAUAAGUUAUAUUUUUUCUAAGUAUGGAAAACUGCAUAUUCUGAAAUUACCUUUUGUUUUGUGAAUGUAUGAAUUAUGCAGUCUUAAAUGUAAGCAUUUUUAUAUUAUGUAGAUGUUCCAUAACGUUUUUUUUUUUUUUUUUUUUUUUGUAUUGCUUUAGUUCUUUGUCUUGAUAUACAAAACACAUUUAAGUUACAGUAAAUACAUGCAGUUGAGUUGCUUAAUGCUAAUUGUCCCAGUUUUCUUGGUCACUGUGGUCUUAAACAGUAAUGCUUUGUUUAUAGGGAAAAUGUUAACCGGUUAAAAGACAAAUGCCUUAAACCCUUAAUUUAGAGAGGGCUUUUUUAUGAGUUGGAGUUCAAACCAAAGCUCUUCACUUUCCAUUACAUGUUAACUCAGGUGAAUGUUACUCUUUUGGUGUUAAGCAUUCAUAAUUAUUAAAUUAAGAUGAACUUCAGAAAGACUCCUAGCAGUUUUUUAUGCUUGCUUAUCCGUACUUUGACACUGUUUAAAGUGACAUCUCAUAUUUCUGUAAACUUGUUGCAGUUUUCUUGUCUGUGCACAUCUUCUUUUCCACUUAAAGGGGACCUAUUAUGCGCCUUUUUACAAGAUGUAAAAAAAAAAAGGCUCUGCCCGCAGAGUGUGUAUGUGAAGUCCCUUUAAAUGCAAAUGAGCUGCUGCUCCCAGCCCCUUUUCAAGAAGAGGGCGUAGCUUCAAGAGCUCAUGCUCCAGCAUACUGACAACAACAAAACAGGGCAAUCUCACGCACUAAAAAUGGCAGAAACUGUCAGCAGCUGUGUUCAAUUCAAACUGGAGUCAGAUAAUGAUGCUUACAGAGCCAGAGAAUAUAUGCUGCAUGGAGAUAGUUUAAUUCCAGUUAUAAUGUAUGUGGUCAUCUUGCUUUUAUCCACCAUUAAUACAAGCCUGUUGUAGCGGACCCCGUCCGAAUGAUGGCCAAAACUUUACUGAUGAGUUUUAUGAAGUUUAUUGUGCAUCACACAAAAGAUUAGGCAUGAAUUAAACUGUAAGAAGUGCGCGUUAAAAUUGUAUUCAUAAACUCUCUCCUUUGCAUUAUCAUCAACAUACACAGAAAAUUAUACAACACUUGUUACAACUUGCAGUAAACAAAUAUAUACAGACCUUAUGCCUUUUCGGGGGGUGCUUAAUAAACUUUAUAUCCAUAAAACAAUUGUAAUAAAGUGCGUGCUCUGCCUUUUUCGCUCUGGAGACUAUAAGCUGAAUCACGAACAGUUGGCAAUGAUCCAUCCUUGAGUAACAACUUUUAGCAAAACCUGUUUUGUAUUAAAUAAAAAGGAUUUUGUGGAUUUUUGUUGUGUACACACCCUAUAAACCUUACAAACACCAUGUAAAAGUGAAUUUUGCAUAAUAGGUCCCCUUUUAAAGAUUUGAGACAAGAACAAAACAUUUUGCAAACCACUACAUGUAUCUUUUAUCUUUCACACCAUUAAAGGGAUAGUUCACCCCAAAAA